CCUCAUCAUGAUGCGUUUCCACAACGAUUUUCAAAAAAUGGAGAGAAUGCGCAACAUGGAGUUCAAUCUACUGUUCCUCCUAACAGUAGAGAUGAUAAUCACGAUUGUCGGCUACUACACAAAGGAUACUUUCGGAAUUCUGAACAAAAACAUUACCGAUACGAUUUACCUCUUCUGGAUUUUCAACUUGUUGCUUGCCUCCUUUUUCGCUGGAAUUCUCAGUCCCAUCAACUUUGCAAUUUACCGGAUUGCCUUCAGACUUGCACACUCCUCUGCAACGGCUUACAUUUUCUACACCACUGGAUUCAUGAUGAUCCCGUUUUACCUUGUUGGAUAUUUUCUCCUUGAGUCUCUUUACAUUACCAACGGAAUUUCAAAUCAGCAGAUGAACUACCCGAGCAAGUGGAUCUUGAAUCUCGCUGAUGAAUAUCAGAAAAGGACCAUGGUCGAAAAUAUUGAAGGACCACGCAUCCAUCCUUUCACCAGUGUCGCCUGCGAGUCCAUUCGAAAAGGCGCUUUUGAGAAGAACGAGACUUUCGAUGACUUGUUCGAGUAUGAAACUGCUUAUGAGGAUGUUCUCUUCCCAAUCAUCCAAUCUUCAAAAUCCAAGCGCUGUGGCACUUUUAUUGUAUAAACCAAUGUGUUUUUCGAUUUCUUUUUGAUUUUUUUGAUUAAGUCGGGUAUUUUGUAUGCAAUAAAUGCAUCUGU